AUGCAAGUAUUUCUCAAAUUACCCAAAGAGAUAUUAUCAUUAAUCUUUAGUCACAUCAAGGAUCAGUCUAUAAUUGAAAGUUUAAUACUCAUUCCAGAAUUACAACAUAUUCCUUUAGAGCAGAAAUAUCCAAAAUUUGAAAUCACCAAUAACAUUGAAACAAUAAUAGGGCUUUUUCAGAAGUAUAAUUUCACACCUUCAAUAAUCAUUGGAGAUAUAAAUCAAAUCAAGAAAUUAAUCGAUGAACCAGCAUUUAGAUCAGUCAAUUAUGAAGUGAAGAUCUUACAGACUACUAAAUUUAGUGAUUUUGUAUCAAUUUUAGAAAAAGUUUAUGUAACAGGGAUCCAUUUUGAUGUACCUUCUGUUGGAUUAUUAGAAAAGGAGAUCAACUCAUUUUUAGAUUAUGUUGGAAGUAACAAUUUACAAUCAUUAACUAUAUCUCAUUUAAGUAUGUUUAAAGUUCAAUUUCCAAAAUCUUUGAAGCAUAUUACAUUAAAUGGGGGUCAAAAUUUUGAAUUAGAUUUAAGUGGUUUACAAUAUCUUGAAUCUUUAGAUUGUAAAGAUCUCCUCCAAAUAAAUUCAUUAGAAAAUCUUAAACUUCCAUCAUCCAUCAAAAAUUUAAGACUUGAUUCUUGUGAUUUUGAAAGUUUAGGUAAUUUAAUCAAAUAUGACAAAUUAAAUUUACUUCAAAUAUCUAAUUGUCCUGAAAUUUAUAAUAUUAUUCAUACUAGGUUCCCUGAUUCAUUGAAAACUUUAGAUUUCAUUAACAAUUUCCAACCCGAUAAAAUUGCUGAGUUAGGAGGACACUUACAUGCUCACGUAUCAAAUAAUGAUCUGAUCCGUAUUGUUUGUCAUUUUUUCUUUCCACCAAAUUUGAAAAAAUUAAGAAUUUGUGAUACUACGCAAACAUUAAGAAUAGGUACCUUGAAUAUUCCAAAUUCACUCACUUGUUUAGAACUAGAAAAUAUUGGUGAAAUUGAUUUAGAAGACGUUCUACUUAGUUUACCAAAGAAGAUGUCUGAAAUUAUUAUCAGAGGUUGUCAAUUUGUCUAUUCAGAUAAUGAUGUUUUAUUUCCUGAGCUGAAACUGAUUAAGUUUACAAAUAAUAGAAUAUGUUUUGAAAUUUUUAAAACAAAUUUAAAUCAAUUGAAAGAGUUGAAAGAGUUGGAUAUGUCUGAUAACACUUUUUCAGAUUGUGGUAAAUGCAAGACAAUACUUGAUCCAUUCCUAAUUUUGACAAAAACAAUGGAAAAAAUAUGUUUUGAAACACCUGAAUUGCAAAGCUUAAUCUUGAAAAGUUCAGUUUCAAUGUUUGACCGUGAGUAUGACGAUGAAUGUGGUCCACCUUCGGAAGUUUCAUUUAAUUGUAAAAAUUUGACCAAGGUUAAAAUGAUAAAUUUAAAUGUAAGCAAAUUAGAUCUUACUGAAUUUCCCAGUUCAUUGGAAGAAUUGACUAUCCAGAAUUUAAUUUUACAAACAAUAGAUGGAAAUUUUUCAAAGUUCAAUAAAUUAAAGAUUUUAGACUUACAAAAUAAUGAAAUUAGUUUUUCAAUGUUAUCAUCUCAGAAAUUCCCAUCAAGUUUGACUAAUUUGAAUUUAUCAGACAAUAUACUUGAAGAUUUAAGUUGUUUGAAAUUGGAUAGUUGCGUUGAUUUGCAUAAUUUAACAUUAAAAAAAAUAACUGCAGAUGAUGAACCAGAAGGUGCAAUGCAAUUGAUAGAUUUAUUAUUAAACCUUAACACUAAAGUUAAUGCUAUUCUAACCAACUAUGAAUCAAAAGUUAUUUUCAAAAUUGUUGAUGGAGUUAAAGAAAAAUCUAACCGUAAAAGAAGAAAAAUUAAUUAA